AUGGGGAAAUCCCUGUUUUUCUUCUCCUGGGCUCUGCUCUCCUGCUGCUGCUGGAACACGCAGGCAGAGGUCUUCACGUCUAUCGGUCAAAUGACGGACCUGAUCUACACAGAGAAGGAGCUGGUCCAGUCUCUGAGGGAAUACAUAAGAGCAGAGGAGUCCAAACUAGCUGCGGUCAAAGGCUGGGCCAGUAAACUUGACGCACUGACCCGAGUGUCCACCUCUGACCCUGAGGGUUACCUCGCCCACCCAGUAAACGCCUACAAACUGAUGAAGAGACUCAACACGGAGUGGUCUGAAGUGGAGAGUCUGGUGCUUCAGAACCCCGCUGAUGGGUUCAUUUCCAACAUGUCUAUACACAGACAAUACUUCCCAGAUGCAGAGGAUGAGACGGGUGCAGCCAAGGCGCUGAUGCGUCUUCAGGACACGUACCAACUGGACUCUGAGGCCUUCUCCAAAGGGAAGCUGCCAGGUGUGCACUCCAAUGCCAUGCUGACGGUGGACGACUGCUUCGACAUGGGCAAAACUGCCUACAACGACGCAGAUUAUUACCAUGCUGUGCUAUGGAUGCAGCAGUCUUUAAAACAGCUGGACGCUGGUGAUGAGUCGGUGGUUUCCAAGGCAGACAUUUUGGACUACCUCAGCUACUCCGUUUACCAAAUGGGAGACCUGCCUCGGGCCAUUGAGCUGACUCGCCGGCUGGUGGCGAUUGAUUCCACACAUGAGAGGGCAGGAGGAAACCUCCGUUAUUUUGAGCGCCUCCUGUUCAAGCAGCUCAAUGAGCUGAACCAGCCAUACCAGCCUCCAUCUGAGGAACCCAUUCAGCUGGGAACCUACAGCAGACCCAAAGACCAGCUCCCAGAGAGGGAGGCCUACGAGGCCCUCUGCAGAGGAGAGGGGCUCCAAAUGACUGAGGCGAGACGCAGCCGCUUGUUCUGUCGCUACCAGGACGGUAAACGCAACCCUCGUCUCCUCUUCAAGCCCAUGAUGGAGGAGGAUGAGUGGGACAGCCCUCACAUUGUACGUUACCUGAACAUGCUGUCGGACGAGGAGAUUGGGAAGAUUAAGGAGCUGGCUAAACCCAGGCUUGCCAGAGCUACUGUCCGGGAUCCGAAAACAGGUGUCCUGACCACAGCAAACUACAGAGUGUCCAAAAGUGCAUGGUUGGAGGAAGAGGACGAUCCCGUUAUUGAAAGAGUCAAUCAAAGAAUAGAAGACAUCACAGGCCUUAACGUCCAAACUGCAGAGCUACUACAGGUCGCAAACUACGGAGUUGGAGGACAGUACGAGCCACAUUUUGACUUCUCCAGGCGUCCUUUCGACAGUGACCUCCAGGUCAAUGGAAAUAGACUUGCCACAUUCCUAAACUAUAGAGAUGAGCCAGAUGCCUUCAAAAGAUUAGGCACUGGAAAUCGUGUGGCAACAUUUUUGAACUACAUGAGUGAUGUCGAGGCCGGAGGUGCCACGGUCUUUCCUGACUUUGGAGCAGCAAUCAGACCUAGAAAGGGAACAGCAGUAUUCUGGUACAAUCUGUUCAGGAGCGGGGAGGGAGACUACCGGACCAGACAUGCGGCCUGUCCGGUCUUAGUAGGGUGUAAAUGGGUGUCAAACAAGUGGAUUCACGAGCGAGGGCAAGAGUUCAGGAGACCGUGUGGCCUGACGGAAGUGGACUGAACAUCUAGAAAAAAAAACGUGCACACAGUCUCAUACACAUACAUGCGCCUUAUUGUCUUAUUUCCUCUUUUAUCAAUGUGACUUUCACCUUCUGCAACAUUUACAUCAGUGUUUACUCUCAAAAACACAUCUGACAGAUUUCUUUUUUUUUAAUUUUGUCAGUCCUAGGUUGGAAUAACUAAUAAACCGCAACUUUCAAUCCCAACAUGAAAUUCAAAAAAGUCUACUGUGAAAAUGUUCCCACUGAUACCAGAAAAUCAUACCGUUGUCCUUCAGACAUUACAGAUGAUAUCGUGUUUAGUGAGUGAACACCAGUGCAGGAAGGAUUAUCCCGCUUUACCAAAGUGUUUUUCAGACUUGUUUUAAUUUUACAUGCACAUGAGUUCAUAUAUGUGAGCAAAAAAGCAGCAACAGAGUGAAGCAAAAGUUGUAUUAGUGAGAAAUAACAGUGAAACAUGGACCAUUUGGACUAAAAACACCUGAAAUAUGAAUUACUUCUGCCAUUUAAUUCUAUGGUGUGAACUGAUUUAAAACCAGUUUGUAAGUAAAACUGAAGACCCGCUCAUUUGAAUAAGAAAAACAGAUUUCUCUGUUGAUGAAAACAGAAGAUAAAUAUUAUCAAAUGCAUUACUAUCAUAAGACUUUUUUGUGUUUCUCCACAAAUCAUGUUUCAAAUCACGUCUUUAACAUUUCUAUUUAUGUAGAGUUUAAGUUAUUACACUGUUGUGUCCUUACUACAGAAUGGCAAACAAGAAAGUCAAUAAACAGUGUUUUCUAUAUAAAA